AUGUGUCCACUAAUAGACAUUGAAUGGUUAAGAAACCACAACAACAACAACAACAACAACAUCAUCAUCAUCAUCAUCAUCAUCAUCAUCAUCGCCGCCGCCGCUGCCAGAGCAAUGGCAAUCCAAAAUUUAAUCAACGUCCGAGAAGGGGGCAAUGUGGUGAUCGGCCAGCAACGGCCCUUGCGCCAGCCCCGGGCUGCCCGGGUUUCCAAGAAGAAGAAGGCCACCAAGAAGGCCACAAAAAGAGCCCUGAGGACUGAGGGUGGCCUGUCCCAGGAGAUCGCGCGCCUGGAGGCCGCCGAGGAAGAGGCGCAGGAAACCUCCCGCCUUCGGCUGCAGAGACUGCAGCAGCUGAAGGAAGACCUAAAGAAGAUGGAGGAGAAGGAGGAGGGGGAGGAGAAGGGGGUGGAUGGGGGGGAAGAUAUGGAGCUUUGCUGCCGCUGA